UGCAUGUCCACUGGCGGCAGGUUCAACUUUGACGAUGGGGGGUCAUACUGCGGAGGGUGGGAGGAGGGCAAGGCACACGGCCACGGGAUCUGCACGGGACCCAAGGGCCAGGGCGAGUACUGUGGGUCCUGGGCCCACGGUUUCGAGCUGCUGGGUGUCUACACUUGGCCCAGCGGGAACACCUACCAGGGCACCUGGGCUCAGGGCAAGAGACACGGCGUGGGCGUCGAGAAUAAAGGCCGCUGGGUGUACAAGGGCGAGUGGACGCAUGGCUUUAAGGGGCGCUACGGCCUGCGGGAGAGCACGGGGACGAGCGGGAAGUACGAGGGGACAUGGAACAACGGGCUCCAGGACGGAUACGGAACAGAGACGUACUCAGAUGGAGGAACAUUUCAGGGUCAAUGGGUUGGCGGGAUGCGGCAUGGCUACGGAGUUCGGCAGAGUGUGCCGUACGGCAUGGCCGCCGUCAUUCGCUCCCCACUCCGCACCUCCAUAAACUCUCUGCGCUCUGGUUCCGAGCACAGCAAUGGUACAGCUCUGCUGGACCGGACCGGGGCAGUGGUUCCCGGCCCUCCUCCUGUCCCUGGGACUCUGACCACCAGCGUGUCCAUGUGCAGCACGGGCAGCAGCGGCAGCAGCCCCGCCGUGUCUCGUGGAGGUUUCGUGCUGACGGCACACAGCGAGGCUGAGCUGCUGAAGGGGAAGAGAAAAGGCGGGCUGUUCCGGAGAUCCAUCCUGUCCGGGCUCAAGCUGAGGAAAUCUGAGUCCAGGAGCUCUCUGGCCUCCCAGAGGUCUAAACAGAGCUCGUUCAGGAGUGAGGCUGGCAUGAGUACUGUGUCCUCUGCUGCAUCUGAUAUCAACUCUACCAUCAGCCUCGGAGAUGCAGACACAGAGCUGGCCGCCGCUGAUGACGACGUGGACGCCACUGCAACAGAAACCUACUGCGGGGAGUGGAAGAACGACAAGCGGACAGGCUACGGCGUGAGCCGGCGGUCCGACGGGCUGCAGUACGAGGGGGAGUGGCUCAGCAACAAACGUCACGGCUAUGGCUGCACCACAUUUCCUGAUGGCACAAAAGAGGAAGGGAAGUACAAACAGAACAUCCUGGUGAGCGGCAAGAGGAAGAACCUGAUCCCCCUCCGGGCCAGUAAGAUCAGAGAGAAGGUGGACCGAGCGGUGGAGGGGGCGCAGAAGGCGGCCGACAUCGCCCGGCAGAAGGCGGAGAUCGCUCUGUCCAGGACGGCUCAUGCACAGGGCAAAGCAGAGGCAGCAGUAGGAGCAGCUCAGAAAGCCCAGGAAGAGAGUCGCAUGGCGAGGGUCACCGCCAAGCAGUUCUCCCCUUCCUUCCAGCACCCGGGAAAUGGCAUGGAGGUGCAGCGCCCCAAACGUCAGGUGUCCAGCGAGGUGGAGGGAGAGGGGCUGUCAAGUAGCGCCGGCACCGCCGACAGCCCCGACCUCUACGUGAAGAGCGCGGGCUCAGACGACCCCUCUAAUGAUGCUGCAACUCCAGACCUCAGCCCCCCUUCUUCCUCGCCGCCCCACACUCCGCCUCCCCCCGCUCGGCCUUCCCAGCGCAGCAAGAGUGCCCGCUUCCAUCGGCAGAGCGCUGUGGACCACGGGGACAGGGGGAAGGAUGGAGGAGAAAAGGGUGAGAAAGGUGGGGGAGGAGGGCAGACGGAGAUCCAGGUGUUGAUGGAGGGAGGAAGCGGGGCAGGUGAAGGCGGCGGAGGAGGGAGGGGGGAGUACCCACGGGCCAACAGCUGGAGCGAGGACAAGAGGAGAGGGGUGUUGUCAAAAGGAGGAGGUGGGGUCAGCGGACGAGGAGCGAGCCGGACCAACGGACACAAACACAGCUCCUCCAAUCACAAGUCCAGGGAGCACGGAUCAUCCAAUCACAGACAGGCCAGAGGGGACAGGUGGACGGAGUCAUCCUCAUCUGCCUCAUGGACGUCCGGGCACAGGGGCGUGCACGGCAGAGGAGGCCGGCUGCUGGAGCAGGAUGAGGAGAAAAUUAGCAACUAUGAGAUGGAGAUGAAGCCUUUACAGCCCAGAGACUCCACUACCCACAAGCCCCAUGGGCACGGGGAGGAGAGGCACGGACACAGUCACGCUCACGGAGAGGGGCGCUCGCACACUGUGCAACGACAGAGGCAUAAGAACCGUGAUGGGAGGGAGGGGAAGGAGGGGAGGGAGGGGGGUAAAGACAAGCUGGACAAAACGGGGGAGAAGAUGGAUUCGCGGCCUCUACGUCGGGACCUCACCCUCUCCCCCCCUCUGAAGUCCUCCCCCAUCACACCAGAGCAGCAGGACCUCAGCCUCACGCGGAGCAAAGGCAACUCAGCCUACAGCUCUAUCCUCGUUGUCAUGGUGAUUCUGCUCAACAUUGGAGUGGCUAUUUUGUUUAUCCACUUUUUUAUUUAAAGACAGCACC